AACAAGCCACUUGUGUCUUUUUGACUUGUUUUGUUACUCCUUCCUCGGUCUCUCUCUCCCUCCCUCGAAUUCUCUCAUCAUCAAGCUCCCAAAACUUCGCAUCCCUCAGAAUAGAUAAAAUGGCAACAGCAUCAAGGUUCCAAGCAUUCUUGAACAGUCCGGUUGGACCUAAAACAACCCAUUUCUGGGGUCCUAUCGCUAACUGGGGCUUUGUUGCCGCUGGUUUGGUGGAUAUGCAAAAGCCUCCGGAAAUGAUUUCUGGAAACAUGUCCUCAGCCAUGUGUAUUUACUCUGCAUUGUUCAUGAGAUUUGCCUGGAUGGUGCAACCACGCAACUAUCUCCUACUUGCCUGCCAUGCUUCCAAUGAGACAGUUCAGCUCUACCAGCUCUCUCGUUGGGCUAGAGCCCAGGGGUAUCUAUCCUCCACGAAAGAAGAGGAGAAACCGUCUCAGUAAACCUAAAUGAUGAAGGAGAGGGUUUCUUUAACGCUGCAAGCAUUUGUUCUUGGGGAAUUACUGAUAUCUAUCCAUUUGAUUUUCCUUUGAAACGUGUUUGUCUUGUGUCCCCAAGCUAUAUGGUUGCUUUACUUGUUGGAUCCUUCAUUGACAAUUAUAUCUUUUCUUUCACAAGUAACAGAUUAUAAUAAAACUUGGGACAUGUUGGUGGCAGUCCACAUUUCCUGUUA